AUGAGCAUCCUGGAUCAACCGUUCAGAGCACAGCCAAGUUGCUUUGAUAAUGAUGAUGAGUCCUCAGAUAAUCAUUCAAACUAUUGUGACGUAUUCGAAAAGAAGAACAAUCAUCACAAGCGCCAAGAAGAAGAUACCUCAUUGUCAACUGAUGUGAAACAACAGAACAAGGAAAUUGAUGCAAUCUUAUCUGCUGCGUUGAAUGGACUGUCGUUUCAGGAGAGACAAAAGCAACAAGAAGACUUGCAUGGUGUGAAUGAUGAAAUCGUUGAGGAAGCAAAUUUCAUUGACCAUUCCCUGAAGGACUUAGAUAGUCACCUGAUACGGACGAAACAAGGAAGUGUGUACGAGAAGGCAGAAACAAUGAAUCCUGAAUAUGUUCAUGAUAGAGGUUUUCGAAACAUGUUUCUGAGAGGUAAUCGAUAUGAUACAAAAGCAACCGCUGACCAGAUGCUUCGCUUCUUUGCAAUAAAGGAACAACUUUUCGGAGAGCAAAAGUUGACAAAGGAUAUCACCAUUGAUGACUUGGAUGACGAUGACAAGGAAGCGCUCAAAGCGGGAUCAAUUCAGUUCGCUGGGAAAGAUAGAUCGAAUCGAGUACUAUUUCUUCAGCUUCCGUCACUAAGAGUGUACAAGACUCUACUCAAUGAAUUGCGCUACCGCUACUACAUCACAAUGCAACAAUUGCGCUCAGAAGCAACGCAACUGAGAGGAGCGGUAGCGAUUACCUACGUCGUUGGGCAAUUUGGGGACAACGUGAAAGGAGAGGGAUUUAUCGAGCAAAUGAGGUUGGCCACGGCGCUACCACUUCAUACAGCUGCUUUCCAUGCGUGCUGUAAUUAUGGAGCGCAGCAUGUGAUUGGCAAGGCGGCAAUCUCGCUAAUGCCAGCAAAGUUAAAAGCUCGGUUUCGUGUGCAUUGUGGAUCCCCCAUGGAAAUUCAGUACAUUUUGUCCAGCUACGGAAUAUCUGUUGACCAACUACCACUAAAAUCAAGGACGCAUGAAAUCGAUAUGACUAGACACAUCGAUUGGCUCCAAGGUGAACUACCGACCAUGAUGGACCAAGAACCAAGACAAGAGCAUACUAGUACCAUCGAACCGAAUCCCAGUGAUGUGCUUUAUAUGGGUGGCAAAAAGAGUCAAAACCAGGGCAAUGAUCGACUACGCAAUCUUGUUCGCCAACUGGCACCUAAGUAUGGUUCAGCCCCGAACCAUAAGAAGAGACAAGUUGUGGACGGAAUCAUACAUGACAUUCACGAAUCUGGAGGCCGCUUCUUAUUGCAAGAAGCGAAUGGCGAGGUUUGGACCGAAUUGCCGAUAGAGAAAGUUAGACCCAAGAUCAGCCAGAGUUUCCGAAAUUACAAAAACAAACGGGAGGCAUCUUCUCGUCAUAAGACCCCGACUGGUACCCUCAUUACAGGAGAACCACACCCAGGAGACGUCAUAUUUGGCAGAUCACAAAGAAGUGGGGGUAAUGACUUGUUACAUGGCCUUAUCAAGGAAAGGUCAGACGAGUACGACGCUUUAGAUCGUGGACAGAAGCAUGCUAUCGUGAAUGCUGUCGUUCAUAGGAUAAAGGGAGAGGGUGGUAGAUUCCUUCAACCAACUGAAGACGGUAGCGGCUGGCUGGAAGUCUCAAAUGAAACAGCUCGUGAAAAAGUUGCGAGAUACUUUCUAAACUAUCGACGGACAGCCGCAAAGAGUGGGGUCCAAUAG